AUGGAGGGAGACUGCAGUGAGAUCUCGGCGCCGUCGCCCGCGACCGAGCACGACGUCCCCGACGAGCUGCUCGAACUAGUAUUCCUGCGCCUCCCCUCCUCACUCCACCUCGUCCGUGCCGCUUGUACGUGCAAGCGCUGGCGCCGUAUCAUCGCUGACGGCGCCUUCCUCGGCCGCUUCCGUUCUCUCCGCGCCUCCCCUGUCGUCGCCGGACACUACCGCGUCGAUGAGCGUACGCACGGGUCGUGUCCGCCGGUAUGCAACCCCGUCUUCUCCCUCUCGCCGUCGGCGGACACCGUCGACAUGCUCCCGCAGCACUUCUCGCUCGACUUUCUCCCAUACUGCGAUGGCGGCUCCUGGGACAUCGCCGACAGUCGAGGCGGCCUCGUCCUCCUGAAUCAGUGCACGGACGCCGAGGACGAGGAGGAGCCGUCUCUCUUCCACGACCUCGUCGUCUGCGAGCCCUUGACGCGGCGCAGCAGGGUGGUCCCAUGCCCGGACCGGCUCGAGGGCUGCCUCUGCUGCGGCGCCUUCCUGCUCGACGGCGACGGCGACGAGACGGGUGAGCGCAUCAGCCUGUCGAAUUUCAGAAUAAUAGUCGCGCUCCGGUUGGAUGGCAUUGCCAGGGCGUGUUCAUUCUCCUCCGGCAGCGAGGGUUUCUGGACCAUGGCGCGUAUCACGGCAGACAGCCACGUGAGGCCCGAGAGCAGCUUGUACUUCGCUCGGAAUUUCACCCGGUAUGUCUACUGGAGGACCGUAGACGCCGAAAUCAUUGUCCUUGACAAAGACACAAAGGAAUUCUCUCGUUCCUUGUUCCCGGAAGACAUGCGGUAUUUCAGGCUCGAGGUUGUAGGCUGCGCCGGUGGCAAGGUGCGCAUUGCCCACCGGGGCGCGAGCCAUCUCAAGGUCUUCACACAAUCAGAGGGCAGGGAUGAAUGGGUGCUGGAGAAGAGUGUCCAACUGCAGCAGUUGAUCCGUGAGGUUCAAGGUGAAGGUGAGUUGAACGUCGACAUGCUGGAGAAGAUUGUCUCGGUGGCGGAGGGGUCUGUCGUGUUUUGUACAGACAACUGCGUGGGGCUCAUCUCCAUCGACCUCGACACCAUGGAGUGUAAGCGCGUUCACGACGAGAACAAGUACUACGGGCCAGAGUACGUGUACCAGCUGACAUGGCCUCCCACGAUCCGAGCUUGCUUACCAUGA